AUCUGUGCCGGGAACCAGGUAAAAUUUAAAUAUGGAACAUGAAUGAAAAUAGAUUAAAUACCUCGUGAUGAUAUAUAAAUAUUAAUACGCCUUGUGUAAUAACAUUUGCAUAGCACAAUUUGUAGUGUUUGUUAAUCUUUUCAGUUUAGUCUUAAUUGUUAAUAUUUUUUCAACCGCAAGACUACAAGCCGCCCUGACAAUGAAUGUUUCAAUAUGAUUAUAUUUUAGAAGCCAGGCCCCGGUUAAGUUUUUUUUUUUUUGUGAAACCGGGGCCUGUGCUUCAUUUUUUAAUGCUUCUCUCAAAGUCCUAGUUCUUUUUCAUUCAUUCAUUCAUUUAUUUCAUAUUUCAACAUUUUAUAACAUGAUACAUAAUAUACAUAUAUAAAACAAAAUAAAGCAGGUUUGGCAACAGAAGAAAAAAGAUGGAAGUUAAACUGCAUUAAAUGAUAAAUGGUAUUAAGCUGUAAGUUCUGUAAAUAAGAUUUUAUAAAGGGUUGCUUUAAUAAGAGAUUUACAAUAAAAAAUAUAUCAUUCAAAUAAAUAGCUUUGAUUAAAAAUAUGUGUAUAUAAUUAGAAAUAUUAAACAUGUCACAACAUCAAAAUAUAAGGAUGCCACAAAAAAGGAAACUAACCCUUAUUUCCAUUGUGGUCCUUUAUCAAAAUGUAGCUGACACAAGAAACAACAACAGAUACUGUUUUAUUAAAUGGAAGGGAAAAAUGAAAUGGCACUAUUAAGCUUGAGAUCAUUAUUAUCACAGACAGAAAAUGGACUGUCACAGAGUUAUCAUUAUUCUCUACAGACUAUUCUACUACGGAGCGACCAGUCAUGUGCCGGAAGAGAUGGAAAUAAUGCGAUUGUCUGGAUCCCCAGCAUGGUCUUGGAGCGGCCGCACCGGGGUGCAGCGGCUAAGAACCCACACUAUUCGACAGCACCAAUACACGACCCUACGGAUGCAACUGCUGCAAAUCCGAGUUUCAGCACUUAACCUGAACAUUAAUAUAAAUUACAAGGCCAUUUACAGAAAACUCAGUCAGGACACCUUGGUUAUAUUUUAGUACCUGACGACAUUGGUAUGAAUGGAAUGCGGGGGAUACCAUUAACUUUGCCUUAAUCUACAUAAUACAUAUUUGUUAAGCAAAUAAUUGUGGGAAUUACUGAAUGUUAAACCAUAACGGCUAAUCACACCGGUAGGAAUUAUGAAUGAAUACACCGGUAUGCACAUAGCCGCUAAGAAUAUAGUCGAUUUGCCCUGAGAUAACGAAUCCUAAUAGGCUUUAAAUGGGAUGGAACAUUCUAAGUCAUUCUCUGAAAUCAUUAACAAAGUAAGCUCAAUGGAGACGACACAUUCUUUUUUUUGUAAUAUGUAUCAAUUAUCUCAUUUUUAAGUCGACCAAACAAUUCCAAAGAACAUUCUUCUCUAUUAAUUCAUAUGUACUAGCAGUUGUCUCACUAUACUUAUGACAUGGUCAACAACUGUAUAAAUUGUUUCUUUAUCCCGUCAAACAGAAAGAAAUUCAUACAGGAUAGACCGUUAAUGGAAAUAAAUUGGAUUGCUAUAUGAAUACACAUUGCAAUAUAAAAUAAUCAGAUCAUUUCGGAGCAUAGAAUGCUACCAGUCAAAAUUAUCUUGGUUUGAGUAAAUCUGUUCAUUAGAAGGAAAUGUACAACAGCACUUGAACCGUCUCUAGCUCCUGCUUAAGUCGUAAAAUGGGCUCCAUGAUCCCAAAAACAUGAGGCUAAUAAGUACGGGGGCAGACGCUACGCACAAUUUUGGACCGAUGAGUGUAACUUCAAAAAAAAUAACGAGAAUUGAAAUCUGAAGACACUCGAAAGCUAUUCAUUUAGCUAUACUUUCGUUUAAGUUUUGUUUAUUAAUUUAACACACAUUGUACACAAUUCCUAAACAAUAAGCAGUGUAAACUAAUAUUAUUUUUUUUAAAUGUCGACCCGGAUGAACCUGUUAAAUGAAUCUUAAGCUUAGAAAAAGAACCACAACCAUCGAUGUGGGCUUUGAUCCCAGGAUACGACUAAUUAUAAAUGGCACCUCAAAGUCAUGGACUAUCGAAAGACUAGCUCUUUUCAUAGCACUUAUUCAUUUGACCGAUAUCCCGUUACUUCUCGCACCUACCAACCCCAAAUUCAUCAUUUUAAUGCAUAAUAAUGAAACACCAAUGAUUGUUUUAAAAAAUACCCAACAUUAUCCGCGACAAGCUGAUGAGUUUGCUUCCUCAGCGGUAAUUAAUAGAGCUAGACAGAAACUUGUUACGGCCAAAAUAUAAAUAUUGUUGAUUAUCAUGAAGACAAUAUUUGAAUGUAAUCUUUAUAAAACGAGAAAUUACAUUUUCCUUAACCCUUAGCCUGCUGGCGGCAAGUGAUUCGGCCUUUGCUACCAGUGCAGACCAAAAUCAGUCUGCAAACAUCCGUGCAGUCUGAUCAUGGUCUGCACUGUUCGCCAUUCAGUCAGUAUCUUUUUGGUAAGCACCCCUUUUAACAGUUAAUGGUACUGCCCAAACUGAAAGAUGGACAAGUUCAUUAUAGACAUUUAGCAGGAUAAGGGUUAAAAAGGAACUACUUUUAUCAUACCACCACCCCGGAUAAACAUUAACUCAUAAAUCAUUCCAAGAACAAGAACGUUUUCACAAUAAAUGACGAGGACGAGCAUCUCUGUUUAAUAGUUUGUGCAAAUGAAACAAGUUAACAAAUUACACGUCUGUAAACCGGAAGAUUUUUUUUACUUCUGUCAACCGUGCUUUCAAAAUAAGUGGAAUUAAAAACUAUUUUUCUAGGACUUUCAACUACAGCGGAUCUGUACACGCAUAAUUAUAUCGAAUAAACAAUAACAGUGCAUGAAUAAUAUGCAACGAUUCUUGUACUACACCCAACCGAUAAAACAAAAAAGCCGCAAAUAACAUCGCACGUGUUAUUUCAUCAUGUGACACUUUAAGAAGGCUCCUCAUUGUCUUCAGAUCAUAUAAAAUUCUCGACCGCAGAGAAAGCAACCAAGAUUCGAGUAAGGGUAUCUCCUCAGUUUCUACGAGAUUUGAAAAAAAAAAGUUUUAUGUAUUUUUGAUAAAACAUGUCGAUUACAGAACCACAAAUAUUGUACUGUUAAUUUUAUUUUAUAAAUACUAUCAACUCCCUUGAUAACACUAUUUAAUAAGAAAACAUUAUCACAACAGUUAUCUUUGAUACUGUAAAUGUAGAUACUUUCAACAUUGGACCGUAUGAAUUAAGAUGGAUAUCUCCCAGUCCCUAGUGUGUAUUCUGCUGGCAUGUGUUCUGAAAUCACCAGCCAGUGCCAUAGACCAAUUUCGUGCAGCCGUAUACGAGCAUGAUGUUUUAUAUCCUAGCGACAGGUCAAAAGUCACGACACGACAACAAGCGCUCAGUCUCAUGGAGAAAAAUCUACAAAUAUACAAGGAACAAACCACGAAAGCCGCAAACAUGAAUGCUAAGAUCAUUGUAUUUCCCGAGUAUGGAUUGUAUGGCCUGCAUUGGACACGCGAGAGCAUCAAACCCUACCUUGAAUAUAUUCCAAACAUAAGUAAUUUAAAAUGGAACCCAUGUGAUACUCCACUGAACAUUUCUGAUACUGAAGUUCAGCGAAAUCUCAGCUGCAUGGCAAAGAAUGUAUCAAUUUACAUUGUCGCUAAUAUUGGAGCUCGACAACCUUGUAAAAUUUCUGAACCCAACUGCCCGCCUGACAUGCAUUACCAGUUCAGCGCAAAUGUUGUUUAUGGACCAAAUGGCGACUUCAUUGCAAGAUACUUCAAAUAUAACCUCUACUCGAUGGAAAAGCAUUUCGACAAGCCGAGCAAACCUGAUAUAACAACAUUUGACACACCAUUCGGUCGAUUUGGAACCUUUACCUCGGCAGACAUAUUAUUCCAUGACCCUGCAGUUCAACUUAUAAAAUUGAUGAACAUCACAAAUAUAGCUUAUCCAACUGCUUGGCAAGACGAACUACCUCUAAUGGCAGCAAUAGAAUUUCAUUCCGCAUUUGCUGAAGGAAUGCAAAUCAACUUGCUCGCAGCUAACUUGCACAUUCCCCAACAUAACUAUCAUGGUAGUGGUUUAUAUUGGCCGACAGGUACUUCAGUGAAUGCUUCAUACUACUAUAAUGCCGAAAAUAACAGUAAAGGUUUCUUAGUCGUGGAAGACAUGACACCUUUUGUCAUUCCUCCACUAAAUGUACGAUCAUAUGUUAAAGAAAGUUCUAAUUUUCAAAAGGGUGAUAUUCUUCUGAUGAAUGAAAAUGGAAGACUGUUAGUAGGAAACAAUAAACGUCCUACCGGUGAUAUCGUUGAUACUGUCACAGAGUUCGAAACUGUUCAAAUAACAAUUAACAAUGACAACUACACAGCUAUGUUGCUUAGAGGGUCAUAUGGUGAACCUACAGUUUGUCAAGGCAAACUAUGUUGUUCUGCAGGAUAUGAAGGUAUGUUUAACAAAGAUGAACUUUACGCUAUUGGAGCGUUUGACGGCAUACAUACUGUUGAUGGUUCUUAUUACCUUCAAGCUUGUGUUUUUAUCAAAUGUGCUACUAAAUCAAAGGAUAGUUGUGGAAAGCCUUCAACUUCUUCGUCCAGCUAUAUAUCCAAGAUGUCAUUUUCUGGUAAUUUUACCACGGAUUAUGUGUAUCCAGAAGUACUUACCGACCAGGGUGAUGUACCAGGGCUGGUUACAACAGUUUGGAUGUAUCAAGGAUCGAUAAUUAUAGACACUGGGAUAUAUGGUGGACCUCUCUCGGUAUCUAUGAUAGCGAGGCACUAUUCACGCGAUCCCUAAGGUUACAGUACGAUUUUAGUGUUAUAAGUUUGAGAUAUAUCUCUUAGAAUGUUCAAAUAUUCAAAUGUCAAAUAUUCGCUCUUUCACUUUUUUAUUUACACUAGAUAUGAAAUAUGUUGGUAUUUGUCUGUAUGUCCUCGUCUUAUCUUCCUUCUCUAAAUCUGGCAUUUAGCAGAUUAUAGACGGACAAAUUUUACAUAAAAGUUUCGAUACUAUUAGCUUUAUA